AUUGUAAGACGUAUCGUGCACGUAUAUACGAUACAUUCAUUGUAUGUACAUACGAUACACUUAUUGUGUCUUCUACUUCUACUCUACCAGUACAUUGUCUAUCCGUGGCAGCAGCUUCAAGUCAGUGCACUUUUCGAUUUGUAUACACAUAGUAUCUACGUGUGUACAGUUAGUACAGUAGGUUGUUUGUACACGACAGCUAAUUAUACGAUUGAAAAUGUCAUUUCCUUGAUUAGGUGACAGUGCUUUUUCUCAGACUGUAUUGGUCUUUUGCUUGAAGAUUUUUCAACAGCGAGACACUUCGCUGAAAAUAAUGCUAGGGUGAGCCGUAAAUCUGUUUACCUAGACGCAUAAUACUCCUGGAACUUUAAAUUGAUAAUGCAGCCCUUUAAAUGAUAAGAUGUCACACUACAGUAGAAAUACAAGUACUCAAAGAUCUGCGGUGAUUGAUUAUGAACGUCAAUUCCAAGAGGAUUUAGAACUUGCUCAGGCAAUGAGUUUGGAGAGUUUGGCACUAGAAAAAUUUAAGUUACAAAAGCAACGAUCAGAUUUUAAUAAUAUUCAGCAACAAUGUGUUCCACAGAGUGAUGGAAACAGCACUGUACAUAGUAGUUCAUCAGAAAGAGAUAACACACAACAAACCGAAAAAUUUCAGUGUAGAAGUAGGCCAAGGCCUGGUUCCUGUAAUACUAAUCAAUCUAGAAAUGCUGUGAUAUUAGCACCGCCACCAGUUCCAUCUAGAAGAAAUUCAACAACAGCCACCACAAGUCAAGAACAUACUGUUGAUUUGAUUACAUUUACAAGUCCAGUGAAGCAAGAUAAUUUAAAUGAUUAUUGUUCACCUCCACCUCCACCUUCCAGAAAAGCGACUGUAGAGCCAAGAUGGGAAACUCAUCCCUCAUUAUUGAAAAAACAAGGGAGAGUGUCACGUAGCACCAGUUCUGCAGGUUAUCAUUCUCGAGACUACCGAUAUCAAUCACUUUCUCCAGGGCCUAGAUCUUCCACUGCACCUUGUACACCAGGAACUCCAAAAAUUAGUCCUGUUAUGUCAAGAUCUAGUAGUAUUAACAGUAAUGUACCUGAUAUAACACCACAGCCUGCAUGGAAUCUUAAUGAUUUAAAAAAUUUUUUUCUUACUCAUUCUCAGAUACCUCCACUACCUAUGAAUUAUAGACCAAGUAUUACUCCUUCUAUAUGUGGUGUCCAAAAACCUACAUUUUGUAUGGAUGACGAACAGCUGAAUGUAUUAAAAGUGAUAGAAAAGAAGCCAAAUAAUAAUCUUAUAGAUUUGAGUUCUUUUGAUCAAGUAGAUGAUAAAACAAAUGUUCGGGUUAGUGUACUAGAAGCAUUUGAUCCAUUACUUGUUAAGAUUGAAGAUCAGAAUGAUAGCACACAGGGACAUAAAGAUGAAAUACAAUCGCAAGUGAGUGGAUCAGUGUAUGAUCCAUUCGAUCCUUUUGAUUACAUGUAUAGCACAAAUGAAAGUGUUAAUUCAGAUCCAGUAUAUGUUGCUGUGGAAAAGUCUGCUAAAUCUCCAGCAGUAUCUCCAGCUGCACCACCACCACUACCUCCUAGAAAUUCAUCAGCUUGGAAUACUAUUGAAAGAAGAAGGACUUCCUUAGAUAGAAGAAAACGACAAACACGCUUGUAUGAAAAUGUAACAGUGAGAAAAACUAGACCAUCACUUCAUGAUUGCGAUCUUAGAGCUUUCUAUGACAUGAUCAAAUCUGUUCGAAGUGAAUUUCCAUUCAAUGAUCCCAGUACAAACAUUGGACAUGUAAUCAGUCCAAUGAUGGAAAGUUUAUAUCCUGAAGGCACAAGUAUAAAAUUAGUUGUACAUCCACAGUUAAUGGAUUCUGACGAAAAUACUCCGUCCAUUUCUUUUACAUGCGAUGUAAAUUGUAGUGUUGAGCAUGUUAUUCUUAAUGUCGCUUGUUCCUUAGAAGAUGAAGAUAUAGUAAAUAUAGAGAAAUAUUGUCUGAGGGUAUGGGGUUUAGCAGAAUAUUUUGCAUCUAAUACAACUUUAGCUCAGUACGAAUAUAUACAUCAAUGUAUCAAAUUAGAAAAAGAUAUUGAAUUAGCUAUCCUAACUAAAGCGCAAAUAAAACGGUCUAUAACACGAACACUUCAAGAUGAUAAUCGUGAUCAAUGUCUCAAGUUAGAAGAUAUUCUUCCAAAUGAACCAGUACAACCUAUUUCUUACGAUACACUUCUUAUUUUAUUAGAAACUGUAGAAAAAGAAAUGGAACGUGUGGAAACUGCUGCCAUACAUUUAGCAACUACUAAUCAUGGUUCCAGUCUUUUACCACAAUUGCAACCCCGUAGUGUUGUCCAAGCGGUAAAAGCAGUAUGUGCGUUAAUGGGAAACAUAGAGACAUUUGAAAUUACCGAAGCUGUUGAUAAUUUCGUAAAUGCAUGUUGUCAAUUUUUACCUCAAGUUCAUACAACAAAUAUAGAGUGCAAGAAACCAGAAAUUCUGCAUGAAGAUGGUGAUUAUUCCGUAGUGACAUUAAGAACAAAAUUUCCAGAUGUUAUUGCAUCUCAUUGUCGAAAAAUUCGCGAUGCAAUUCAAGAUCUUGUAGAAACUUACUGUCAUGCAUUUAGGGUUGAUUUUGAAUUAAAUAGCAGGGGAGAAAUUCCAACAAAUACAUUAAUAUCGUCUGAGGUAUUAGAUACCAUCCUAGUUCGUGUUGGAGCAUUACAUAGACUGCCAGGAUCAUGGAAACAUGACGAUUAUAUCAUCGCAGCUCAAAUAUUUCAUGGAACAAGACCUGUUGGAAAUCCAGUUUUAUCCGAACCUAUGGCAGUCAGUUCUAAUUUUCAUCCAAGAAUUUUAUUUAAUUCAUGGCUAGAAUUUCGUGGGAUAAGCGUAUGUCAAGUACCAAGAGAAGCAAGAUUAGUGUUAGUUUUAUAUGGUCGUACAUUGCAACCUACUGAUCAUGAAUCUAAUUCAUCAGCAGAAAAUACCAUGCAAAAAGAAGAAUUGGGAUGGGGAGCUAUACAAUUUUUCGAUUAUGAAGGAGUUAUGAGUCAAGGAAGCUUUUUCUUGUCACUUUGGCCAGCAAUUGCUGAUAAAAGAUUAGGCCCUGCCCCAGCAGCUGGGAUUCAUCCUCAUGGAGAUACGCAUGCUAUUAUUGGUGUAGAAUUACCUGAUUAUGGUGGCAGAGUAUUAUUUCCUACAGAAUUACGUGAUUAUGAUGUAGAAUCUCUUGAUUUUAAUUCAUUGGAUCAGAACACACAAGAAUUGUUAAUAGAUAUCACACAGCAAACUACAUUUUCAAGACCACUUGUUGAAGAAAGAGAAAUUUUAUGGGAAAAACGACAUUAUUUGCACAAUAGACCUGAAGCUUUACCUAAAGUACUUUUAGCUGCACAUAGUUGGGAUUGGGCAUGUUUGCCUGAUCUUCAUGCAUCUCUUAGAAUUUGGAGUCCUUUACCUCCUGUCCAAGCUCUGCAAUUAUUGUUACCUUGUUUUCCAGAUAUGAAAGUUAGAGAAAUGGCAGUUGGAUGGAUUCGAGAACUGAGUAAUGAUGAACUUGUAGAUUACUUACCUCAAUUAUUACAAGCGUUAAAGCACGAAACAUAUGAAACGUCCCCUCUUACAAAGUUUUUAUUAGAACGAGCUUUACUUUCUCCGCGGGUAGCUCAUCACAUCUAUUGGUUACUAACGCAAGCGUUACCAGGACAAAGUCCUCAAAAUUCUGCUGAAACUACACCAGAGGAUGAUAAAAAUAUUAGUUCAGCACGUUAUCAUAGAAGGUUACAAUUGAUGUUACGAGCGUUAUUAGCCGUCAUUGGGGAUGCACUAAGAAAUAGUUUUCUUACGCAACAAUUACUCGUUAAAAAUUUAUAUGAAGUAGCGGAAAAUAUUAAGCAAACGAAAGAAUCAUUACGACUAGAUGCGCUCAAAAUUGGUUUACAAAAUAUACAUUGUCAAUUAAUGGAAGAUGAUGGCACCUGUUUACCGUUGUCUCCUAGUAAACAAGUAUUUGGUAUAAAUGUACAAAGUUGCUCAUACUUUCCAUCAUUUACACUUCCAUUGAAAAUCAACUUUAUUAGCUGUGAUGAUGUAAUUUGUCCAGCGAUUUUUAAAGUUGGAGAUGAUUUACAACAAGAUAUGUUAACUCUUCAAAUGAUGCGCAUAAUGGAUAAACUUUGGUUAAAAGAAGGUCUUGAUCUUAAAAUGGUAACAUUUGCUUGCGUACCUACUGGAUACAAACGUGGGAUGAUAGAAAUGGUUACAAAUGCAGAAACGUUGAGAAAAAUACAGGUUGAGUUUGGCCUAACUGGAUCAUUUAAAGAUCGACCUAUUGCCGAAUGGUUGGCAAAACAUAAUCCUUCAGAGUUGGAGUAUGAACGAGCGGUAGAAAACUUUACUGCAUCUUGUGCGGGUUAUAGUGUUGCUACCUAUAUCUUAGGAAUUUGUGAUAGACAUAACGACAAUAUUAUGUUAAAAACAUCAGGUCAUCUGUUUCAUAUUGAUUUUGGGAAAUUCUUAGGUGAUGCUCAAAUGUUUGGAAAUUUUAAAAGGGAUAGGACACCAUUUGUAUUGACAUCUGAUAUGGCUUAUGUUAUAAAUGGUGGAGAUAAGCCAUCAGCCAAGUUCCAUCAUUUCGUGGAUUUGUGUUGCCAAGCAUUUAAUGUAGUGCGGAAGCAUGGAAAUCUAAUUCUGCAUCUUUUUGGAUUGAUGACUUCGUCUGGCAUUCCUGGUGUGACUGUGGAUGCAGUUAGUUACGUACAAAAAGCUCUUCUUCCAGAGCAAACAAAUCCUGAAGCAGCUGCAACAUUUGCCCGAAUGAUAGAAAGUUCACUUAAAAGUUGGUUUACACAGUUCAACUUUUUUCUACAUAAUUUAGCACAACUUAGAUUUUCGGGCGACCAUAAUGAUGGAGCAUUAUUAUCUUUUAUACCACGUACAUAUACAAUGCAGCAGGAAGGUCAGUUAACAAGUGUUCAAGUGCACGGCUACCAAAAACGAUAUGAUCCUGAAAAAUAUUAUAUGUAUAUCUUGCGUAUACAACGAAAAGGUCAUGCAGAUCCUACUUAUUUAUUCCGAUCAUAUAAGGAAUUUUGUGAAUUCUAUCAAAAGUUGUGCAUUCACUUUCCUCUUGCAAAACUUGCUAGCUUACCAAGUGGUAUAAGUGUUGGAAGAUCUAACAUAAAGCAAGUUGCUGAUAAACGACGAGCGGAUAUUGAGAAAUUCCUUGUAAGUUUAUUCAAGAUGGCACCAGAAAUUUCUCAAAGUGAUUUAGUAUACACUUUCUUUCAUCCUUUGUUGAGAGAUCAACAAAAUGCAGAUAUUCAUUUACGUAAAGUAAAAGUUGGCAAUUGGUGGGCUGAAAAACGUGUAAGAGAUAAUGUGCAGAACGGACAAAUUAAGAUGUCUCUUCACUAUACACGUGGAGCAUUUUAUGUGAUGGUCUAUCAUGCAAGAGGAUUACCCAAAGUAGCAAAUUGUCAGGAACCAAAUACAUAUGUUAAAGUUUACCUUAAACCUGAUCCUACAAAAAAGACAAAGCGGAAAACAAAAGUUGUAAAGAAAAAUUGUCAUCCUUCGUUUAUGGAAAUGUUGGAAUAUAGAAUGGCUCUAGACGUGAUUAAAGAGAGAACUCUGGAAGCUACAAUAUGGAAUCAUGACACAUUACAAGAAAAUGAAUUUCUUGGUGGAAUACGCUUACCUCUUGGACGUAUUGAUUUAACAACCGAAACAAUUGAGUGGUUUUCGCUUGGAAGUAUUCGAUGAAUGAAUCGUUCAAUGAACUAAUUAACAAAUGAAACGAUUUAUUAAUGCUCACGAUCUGUUCUCGAUAAGAGUAAACAAAAUGUAAUUCUAUCGCACAAUACUAAUUAUAACAUUUCUAUACUAUGCACGCAAUAGUGCAAUAAAAAAAUAGUGUUUAUGUAUCAUUAUGAAUGACAUUGAUACAUGCUUUCAUGUUUAGGGAAGGCGUUUCUUAAAAAGUUAGCUAACGUCGUACAAUCCAUUAUACAUAUAAAAUCAUAUUCAAUUGUAACACUGUAACAGCACAUGAACAGAAGGCAUAUUUCAUAAAAUUAUUCUGCCUUUGUAAGAAAUUGCCAAAAUAUGACAAGUAAUGAAUUUGAAUUUUGUUUUACAAGUAUUUGAUGGAAAUUAUUAAAAAGCAUAGACCGGUAAGUUUACAAUAGGAAAUUUUAUUGGGAUCUUAAUAAGGAUUUGAUAAACAGGUUCUUAUGAAAGAUAUUUUAUGCUGUUUCUACCGAGAGACACUUUCUAAGUAUGAUAUAUAUUAAUAAUUGUAAAUUAAAACUUUACUGUGCUACUCUAUUGUAACAAAAUCAAAUACAAGAUUUCCUAAAUAGCGAGAUGUAACAAUAUAGAUCUUUAUAAGUGCGUAAUAUUGCUCGAUUAUAAGUUAUUUGCCUACAGUGAAGAGGGGAGACAUUUUUUACUUUCGUAUAAAACUUUUAAAUUAUAUAUAAAAAUCAAAAUAUGUUUAUAUAAAAUAGCAAAAUCUAUAUAAAGGGAAAAUUGCAUAUGUUGGUGUGUAUUUAAGGGAUAUUUUAUCCUGAAAAAGGAGAAUGAAAUUAUGUAAAUAUGCUUUAAAAUUUAUAAAUGUUUUGUAAUCAGUCUAUGUAUUGUGAAUAUAUUUUAUGUUGAUUCUUUAGAUAAAGAGUAUAUACUAUAACGAAAAUGAAAGUUUGUGUUAAUACAUUAUCGACGGGAGAUUGUUAAAUAUUAAUUUGAUUAUACAUGUAAUACAUUAA